GAUCACGUGGCGCGGGCAGAAAAUCGCAGAAGUUCUCUGUGUUGGCGGAGCUGCGUACCGUUUGUCCAAGUCCGCAACCUGACUUCGAGAGUUUUUGCAGCAGCAGUAGGAGGAUGUCUGCGGGCAACGCCAAGAUCGGACAGCCGGCCCCGCAGUUCAAGGCCACGGCCGUGGUGGAAGGGCGCUUCCGAGAGCUCCAGCUGGCUGACUACAGAGGGAAGUACGUCGUGCUGUUCUUCUACCCCCUGGACUUCACCUUCGUGUGCCCCACCGAGAUCGUGGCUUUCAGCGACCGGGCGGAGGAGUUCCGCAGCGUCGGCUGCGAGGUCCUCGCCGCCUCCACCGACUCGCACUUCAGCCACCUGGCCUGGAUCAACACAGAGAGGAAACAGGGAGGUCUGGGCACCAUGAACAUUCCACUGAUCGCUGACCUGACCAAGUCCAUCAGCCAGGACUAUGGGGUGCUGAAGGAGGAUGAGGGAAUUGCCUACCGGGGCCUGUUUGUAAUUGAUGACAAGGGCAUACUGAGGCAGAUCACCAUCAACGACCUCCCAGUUGGGCGUUCCGUGGAUGAGACGCUGCGAUUGGUGCAGGCCUUCCAGCACACUGACAAAUUUGGUGAAGUAUGUCCUGCAGGCUGGAAGCCAGGGAGUGACACAAUCAUUCCUGAUGUGCAGAAGAGCAAGGAAUUCUUUGCCAAACAGGACUGAAGAACCACAGCUCUGAGCCUGAGCACUGUGUCUGGAAAAACUACUUUAACACUUGCUGUUACAAUGUUAUUUUGUAUGCUGGCAGUAAAAACUGUGAGCCAC